CUACGAGUGAACGGCCUCAUAGCUCAAGUCGAAUGUCGGCGCGCGUCACGAACAUCUCCCAAGGCUGGGCGUGGAAGGAGCGCGACGCGUCCAUCGCGUCCGUCCUCGACGAAGUCAGCCCCACCCCCUCCGAGCAGUGGAUGAAAGCGGCUGCGUUCCCGUCCGAGGUGCACGUCGAGCUUUUGAAGGCCGGUCGCAUCCCCGAUCCUUUCAUCGGGUUCAACGAGCACGAGGUCCAGUGGAUCGGCGAGACCGAGUGGUUAUACCGCACGACGUUCGACGUGCAUGAGACAGAGCGCCGCUGGAAGAACGCGGAGCUGGUGUUCGAGGGCCUAGACACGAUAUGCGACGUCUACCUGAAUGGCAAGAAGGUCUUGUACGCGGACAACAUGUUCCGCACGUGGAGAGCGUCGCUGUCCCCGGAGAACCUGCAGGACCAGGGCAACGUGCUCUUCCUGCACUUCAAGUCCGCGCAGAAGCUCGCGAAGGAGCUCGAGGCCACGCACGGACGCGUCCGCGCCGGCUCGUGCAACCUCGGCGACCCGAGCCGCGUAUACGUGCGCAAGGCGCAGUACAACUGGCGGUGGGACUGGGGUCCCGAGCUGAUGACGUGCGGGCCGUACCGCGCCAUCUCGCUCGUCACGUACACCGCGCGCAUCGACGCCGCGAAUACGCGCGCGCUCGUCUCAGCUGCCCCUGCGCUGUCCCCGUCGCUGAAGGUGGACCUUGUCGUCGCCGGCGACGCGUCUGCUGUCCGUGGUGCGAAGAUCGUGCUGGGGCGGCUGGACGGGUCCGUCAUACGUGAGGAGGAGGUGUCUCUUGGGGGAGGUGCGGGCCUGAAGGACGUCAUCGGAUGGGACCUAGAGGGUAAGGUGGAGCUGUGGUGGCCUGUUGGGUAUGGAAGUCAGACUUUGUACAAUGUAGAGAUCUCGCUGCUGGGGGAGGGCGAGGCCGUCUUAGACACUCUCACGAGACGGGUCGGCUUCAGGACCGUGUCGCUCAUCCAAGAGCCGCUCGAGGAGCCCGACCGCUACGGCAAAGGGACGACGUUCCUCUUCGAAGUCAACGGCGUGCGCAUGUUCAUGGGCGGCUCGAAUUGGAUCCCCGCGCACAACUUCCUGACGGCGCUGUCCGCGGACGACUACCGCGCGUGGCUCACGCUCUUGCGUGACGGGAACCAGAACAUGGUCCGGCUCUGGGGCGGGGGCGUCUACGAGCCGGACGUGUUCUACGACAUAUGCGACGAGCUGGGCGUACUAGUGUGGCAGGAUUUCCAGUUCGCGUGUGGCGUCUACCCCGCGUACGACUCGUUUGUGCAGAGUGUCAGGGCGGAGGUGGAGGACAACGUCAAGCGUCUCCGGCACCACCCUUCCAUCGCCAUCUUCUGCGGUAACAAUGAAGGUGCAUCGUCGUCGUCUCCUCAUGCGUCGCUAUGCGCUCACGUACGGCCAGACUACCAGAUGGUGCUGCAGUGGGGUGGCAUCGACGCGUUGCCCGCACGAGUCCUGUACGAAGAGGUCUUUCCUGCCGUCGUAGCUGAGCACUGUGACCCGCCCAUUCCCUACCACCGCGGGUCACCGUAUGGGGGCAAAGGCUGGGAUACAGCGGACCCCACUAUGGGCGACGUGCACCAGUGGAACAUCUGGGGCGGGAAGGAGUGGCCGUGGCAGGAAUACCCGUUCAAUGGCGGGCGGUUCGUGAGCGAAUUCGGCAUCCCGUCGUUCCCGGACGUGAAGACGGUCGACUACUGGCUCGGCGGGAACACGAAGGACCGGUGGGCCCAGUCGAAGAUGAUGGCGCAGCACGACCGUGCGGGCAGCCACGAGCGGCGGUUCGCGAUCGUCAUGAACGAGAACUUCAGGCUGACCGACGAUCUGGAGACGCACAUAUACAAUACGCAGCUCAUGCAAUCGGAGGCGAUCAGCCUCGCGUACAGGUCGUGGCGGCGCGAGUGGAGAGGAAAAGGCAAGCAAUACACCGCCGGAGUCCUCGUCUGGCAGAUGAACGACUGCUGGCCUGUCAUUUCAUGGGCGAUUGCGGACUUUUUCCUUCGUGCCAAGCCUGCAUACUAUACGAUUGCGCGCGAGUUGCGUCCGAUCUCGGUCGGACUGUUCAGGACCGUGACACAAAACCGUGAGAACGACAGGCCCAGACAGUUUUAUGAGUUUGGCGCGUUCCGCUCCGUGUCUGCGAACAUCGAGGUGUGGGGCGUGAACGCGACGCUCAGCGCACGCGACGUCCGGCUGGAGCUGUCGUUCGUCGACCUCUGUUCGGGCUGGGAAGACUCGAAGACGGUCGAAGCCACGCUGCUCCCGAACCAGACCACCGAAAUCGCGUCCAUGCGUGUGCCCGGACCGCCAGCAGAGAACGCGAACUCUGUCGACACGUCGUACUCCGUGGUCGUCGGGGCCCGCCUUGUCGACGCGGCUUCUGGGGAGAUCUUAGCGCGCUACGCCGACUGGCCGCAGCCGUUCCGUCUCGUCGACUUCCCUGAUCCCGGGCUCGACGUAAAAGUAGAAGGCGAGAAGGUGCAUGUAAAGGUGCAGAAGCCCGUCAAGGGCCUGCUCUUCACUGCAGACGAGGAAGGAGAGGAUGCUCUGGGAAGACGGGAGACAGUGAGAUGGAGCGACAACGCGAUCGAUGUCUUCCCUGGUGAUCCGCAGGUGGUGGAAGUGCGCGGCUUGGCAGGGAAGCGCGUUAAGGUGAGGGCGGCAUACAUGGGCUGCGAACGUGGGCGCGUCGUGUACGGGCAGUAGGGCGGUCUGGAGAGAGGCAAAGUAAACUCAGCCAUGUACAGCAUGUCGAAAUACACGGUGUUGAUAUC